UCAUCAUUAGGCGACAAGUCAGCUGAUGGGGUUCCCUAAACGACUGGAGCUAGUCAGCUGUAGUUAGACUUGUAUCUAUCGCCAAAUAUGGUAUACAUAUAAUGUACAAUAUAUAAUUUAUACUUAUUUUUGAAGGGUACAAUGUAAUUCUAAUGUAAUGUUAUUUUUAUUUGGUUGGAGUAUACGGUGGUUCGCAAACUGUACUUCUCCAUCAGCUAACUGCUAACAGCUAACAGCUAACAGUUAGAUUCAUUGUUGAUUCUCCACAUAUAACCCUGGACGCCAUGGCGAAUUCAUUUAAACUGGGUGAAGGAUUUCAUGAGAAGAUAAAAGAGUUGGAGAAAAAAUGCUGUAAUUCACCGGAUCUCCUUGAGGAAUUAGAAGCACUAAAAAAGCAGACGAUCAUCUCAUUCAAGACUGCCAGGAAACUGCAGAAACUUCUUCAGCAGAAUGGAUAUCCAGUUUAUCUUCAUGAGCUGCUUGAAGACAGCAUGCUUCAUCUUCCGAAGGUGGAGCCACCUCCAAGAAACCCUCAGUUAGUGGCUCGUCUGGAGAAGAUUAAAGCAAAACUGGCAAAUGAAGAAUAUAGGAGAAUCACACGGAAUGUAAAUCCUCAGGAAAUUAAUAAUCAUGGAAGCCUAGCAGACUUUGGAAGACAAGUGCGAUCUGUCAAAGCGGUCGUCGUUACUGUGUUUAAUUUCUUGGUAACGGUGCUUGCAGCCUUCGCUUGUGCCUACAUGGGUAGUCAGUACAUCUUCACAGAAAUUACAGCGAGAAUAUUAUCUGCAGUGAUUGCAGCAUCUGUAGUUGGUCUAGCAGAGCUCUAUGUCCUGGUUCGCACUAUGGAGGGUGACCUGGGAGAGCCGUAACAUCAGCCAACACUGGAAAAAGCUCAUUAUUUCCAGUUGUCAAGUACCAUAUUAGACUGUAUUGAAUCCUAAUUUUCCAUCUGGACAGGAAUGCAGAUCUUCAAAAUAAAGAUUAUUCAAUAUACCCCAGAAUGAUGGGAGCUCUGUAAUAAUCAUAUGAAUUCAAGAUAGUAAGUGUGCCCUAGAAACCCUUGUGUUUCAACUCAGAGUAUAAACAUUAAUGUAAGGAUGUAAUGGAUGUAUUUUUGUGUGGGAAUUUAUUUGUAUACAUUCAGUUCAGUUUGUAUCCACUAGAUGGAACAUAAAUCGUACAAAAAUUGUAAAUGGGCUGGCAUGUUAUUCUGUGAAGCUGGAUAAAGGCUACUUUAUUAAGGCGUA